CGGGCCAUCAUCUAAAUGGGAAUCAAGAGCUAAAGCUAUAGGCAUUGGCAGCUGUCUCCCGGCGUCGUCCGCGGAGCCUGACCCUGCGCCAGGAAGGAGGAGGCUGUGCCCAUAUAACUGUCCUGAAGUACUGCGGUGCCCCCCUCCCCCGCGGCUGGGAGGGCAGGCAGGACGAGGUGGGUUUUCCUCGCACGGUCUCUGGGCGUGGGCCCCCGCCGCAGCUCCGCUGAGCCUCGGUGUCUCCUGCAACAGGGGGCGGGGGGAGCCGCGGCGAGCAGCCCUGGGCUGCGGCUUCCUCCCCACGCCCGAGUCUCCUGCGCACCGCCGCCGAGAACGCGCCCCCGAGCCUGGUCCGCACGCCGCGGCGCGCCCGGGCUCCCCGCCGAUUUCAGAACAAUCAACCAUGACGACAGAGUCUGGAUCAGACUCGGAAUCCAAGCCGGACCAGGAGGCCGAGCCCCAGGAAGCGGUGGGAGCACAGGGGCACGCGGGAGCGCCCGGGCCGGAGCCGCCCACCGAGGAGCAGCAGCAGGCCCUGGAGCAGUUCGCGGCCGCUGCAGCGCACAGCACCCCGGUGCGGAGGGAGGUCACUGACAAGGAACAGGAAUCUGCUGUCAGAGCUGCAAAACAGCUCGAAUAUCAGCAAUUAGAAGACGAUAAACUUUCUCAGAAAUCAUCUAGCAGUAAACUCUCUCGGUCUCCAUUAAAGAUUGUCAAAAAGCCUAAAAGCAUGCAGUGCAAAGUGAUACUUCUAGAUGGCUCAGAGUAUACCUGUGAUGUAGAGAAACGCUCCAGAGGACAAGUGCUGUUUGAUAAAGUAUGUGAACACUUGAACUUGCUAGAGAAAGACUACUUUGGGCUUACGUAUCGAGAUGCUGAAAACCAGAAGAAUUGGUUGGACCCCGCUAAGGAAAUAAAAAAACAGGUUCGAAGUGGUGCUUGGCACUUUUCUUUUAAUGUGAAAUUCUAUCCACCAGACCCUGCCCAGCUAUCUGAAGAUAUCACCAGGUACUACCUCUGCUUGCAGUUGCGAGAUGACAUCGUGUCCGGAAGGCUGCCCUGCUCCUUCGUUACCCUGGCCUUGCUGGGGUCCUACACUGUCCAGUCAGAACUCGGAGACUAUGACCCAGACGAAUGUGGGAGCGAUUACAUUAGCGAGUUCCGCUUUGCACCAAACCACACAAAAGAACUGGAAGACAAAGUGAUCGAGCUGCACAAGAGCCACAGAGGGAUGACGCCAGCAGAAGCAGAGAUGCAUUUCUUGGAAAAUGCCAAAAAAUUGUCCAUGUAUGGGGUAGAUUUACAUCAUGCUAAGGACUCAGAAGGAGUAGAAAUUAUGUUAGGAGUUUGUGCAAGUGGUCUGUUGAUAUAUCGUGACCGGCUGCGAAUAAACAGAUUUGCCUGGCCCAAGGUUCUAAAGAUUUCAUAUAAACGGAACAACUUUUACAUAAAGAUCCGGCCAGGAGAGUUUGAACAAUUUGAAAGCACCAUUGGGUUUAAGCUGCCAAACCAUCGAGCUGCCAAGCGUUUAUGGAAAGUUUGUGUUGAGCAUCAUACAUUUUUCAGACUGUUGUUACCAGAAGCACCUCCCAAGAAAUUCCUAACCUUGGGUUCCAAGUUUCGUUAUAGUGGCAGGACACAAGCGCAAACGAGAAGAGCCAGUGCGUUGAUAGAUCGCCCAGCGCCUUACUUUGAACGCUCGUCCAGCAAACGUUAUACCAUGUCUCGCAGCUUGGAUGGAGCAUCAGUGAAUGAAAACCAUGAAAUAUACAUGAAGGAUUCUAUGUCUGCUGCAGAGGUUGGUACUGGCCAGUACGCCACAACAAAAGGCAUCUCUCAGACCAACUUGAUCACCACUGUGACUCCGGAGAAGAAGGCCGAGGAGGAGCGAGACGAGGAAGAGGAUAAACGGAGGAAGGGGGAAGAAGUCACGCCCGUCUCGGCCAUCCGGCACGAGGGAAAGUCACCUGGGCUUGGCACUGACUCAUGUCCCUUGUCACCCCCAUCUGCCCAUUGUGCCCCCACAUCUCCCACAGAUCUCCGUAGGAGGUGUAAGGAGAAUGACUGCAAACUGCCAGGUUAUGAGCCAUCCAGAGCGGAGCACAUGCCUGGAGAGCCCACUGUGGACUCUGAUGGCCCAGGGAAGCCUUAUCUAGGGGAUCAAGAUGUGGCCUUUAGCUACAGACAACAAACUGGCAAGGGGACCACCCUGUUCUCCUUCUCCUUGCAGCUCCCCGAGUCAUUCCCCUCCCUCCUAGACGAUGAUGGGUACCUCUCUUUCCCCAACCUUUCUGAAACCAACCUCCUGCCCCAGAGCUUGCAGCAUUACCUUCCGAUCCGCUCACCGUCCCUCGUGCCCUGUUUCCUCUUCAUCUUUUUCUUUCUGCUGUCUGCCUCCUUCUCAGUGCCAUACGCUCUCACUCUCUCCUUCCCUCUGGCUCUGUGCCUCUGCUACCUGGAGCCCAAGGCGGCCUCCUUGAGCGCCUCCCUAGACAAUGACCCGAGUGACAGUUCAGAGGAAGAGACUGACAGUGAGCGCACGGACACUGCAGCCGACGGGGAGACCACCGCUACUGAGAAUAGUCUGAUUAAACGAAUAAAGGGUGAAAAUGUGUAUGUCAAACAUAGUAAUCUUAUGUUAGAGGAGCUAGAAAAAACUCAAGAUGACCUGAUGAAACAUCAAACCAACAUUAGCGAGCUGAAAAGAACCUUCUUAGAAACCUCGACAGACACUGCCGUCAUGAAUGAAUGGGAGAAGAGGCUUUCCACCUCCCCCGUGCGACUGGCUGCUAGGCAGGAGGAUGCCCCCAUGAUCGAACCCCUUGUUCCUGAAGAGACUAAGCAGUCUUCUGGGGAAAAGCUCAUGGAUGGCUCUGAAAUCUUCAGUUUAUUAGAGUCUGCGCGAAAACCAACAGAAUUCAUAGGAGGGGUUACUUCUUCUCAAACCUGGGUUCAGAAAAUGGAAACCAAGACGGAAUCCAGUGGAAUCGAAACGGAACCCGCCUCGCACCACCGACCGCUUAGCACUGAGAAGGUGGUGCAGGAGACCGUGCUGGUGGAGGAGAGGCGUGUGCUGCACCCAAGUGGGGAUGCUUCUUACACCGCAGGAGACGGCGCGGAUGCCGCAGCACCGCCCACAUUCACCGGAGCUUCUAGCGUUAAAGGGAAGGAGGGCUCUGCCUUGACGGAGGCGGCUAAAGAGGAAGCAGGGGAGGAGGUCGCUAAAGCUGUGCUGGAGCAGCAAGAGACAACCGCUGCUUCCCGUGAGCCACAAGAGGAGCAGAGUGCAGCCAUCCACGUUUCAGAAACUUUGGAACAAAAGCCUCAUUUUGAGUCCUCAACGGUGAAGACAGAAACCAUCAGUUUUGGCAGUGUUUCACCAGGAGGAGUAAAGCUAGAAAUUUCUACCAAGGAAGUGCCAGUAGUUCACACCGAAACCAAAACCAUCACAUAUGAAUCAUCACAGGUUGAUCCUGGCACAGAUCUGGAGCCGGGUGUGCUGAUGAGCGCACAGACGAUCACAUCUGAAACCACCAGUACCACCACCACUACACACAUCACUAAAACUGUGAAAGGGGGCAUUUCAGAGACAAGAAUUGAGAAGCGAAUAGUCAUCACGGGAGAUGCAGACAUUGACCAUGACCAGGCGCUGGCUCAGGCAAUUAAAGAGGCCAAAGAGCAGCACCCUGACAUGUCAGUGACCAAAGUAGUGGUCCAUAAAGAGACAGAGAUCACACCAGAAGAUGGAGAGGAUUGACCAGAGGAAUAACUUAGCUUGCACAUGAAUGCAGUCAUGCAAACCAUUAGGAAAACCAGAGCCUAUAUGGAGUUCCCUCUUCUAACCCAACUGACUUGUAUCUGUCCGUGGAAAAUUUCAGUCCAGAAGAAUUGACCUUGACCAUUAAUAAAGACACUGGCAGAGAGAUCCUCCCAUAAUAAAGCAAUCUGAUUCAGCAUCACUAAACUGAUAAUGCAUGAAGCAACAAUAAAAUUACAAAUAGCAGCAUUUUUAAUUUUCACAAAAUGUCUCAGUUUUCAGCUAUACCUGCACGUUCAUAACCAACAAUAUAAACCGUGAUCUCAUGUAACACAUAAGCAAUUCAUGCCUUUCAUAGUUUAUUAUUAUUAAAGUCUGAACAAAAUUGCAAUUUCUUAGGUAACAGACCUUUUGUUUACAGUUAAACGAAGAUUACCCUCAAAUACUAGAAGCUGUCUAGGUCUAUCUGAUGUGUCAGAUUUUUCCCAGAUUAGAUGUGCCAGUAACCAAGUUUAUUUAGUAAACAACUUAUACUUGUUUCAUCCGGUUUUAUUAUUCUCACCCAUGAACAGUAAUGACUCUCUGACCCUCUGGAAAUAUUUAACGCUUACAAUCUUGCUUUGUGUAUCUCAUUUAAUUUGUUAUAAGGUAGUACUGAUUUUAGCAUAUUAAUGUGAUUUCUUCCUCAUUGUUUGUUUUGGUCUGUGUUCAAUCCAGAGAGCUUUUCAGAGUUCCCUAACCAGUCCUAAAUAUGUAAAUUGUCAUUAUUUUGGGAAGAAAAACCUGUAUUUUUGUUAGUUUACAAUAUUAUGAAAUUUCACUUCAGAGAACCUGUUGGGCUUCCUGUGGCUUUGUUUUCUUAGUUUCUUUUUCUGUGUAUUUUUUAAUUGAUUUUUCUUCUUUUACUUGAAAGUGUUUUAUUUUCAAAUCUGGUCCAUAUUUACAUUCUAGUUCAGAGCCAAGCCUUAAACUGUACAGAAUUUUCACUGUAAUUAAAACUAUUUAGUGUUAUAAAUAGUCUUCAAAAAGAGAGAUUCUCCAUUACACAGUCACCUGCAUCACAGCCCACGGUGAAUGUAUGUUUCUGCAUAGCAAAAUAAAAACGGCAAAUGCACUGAAAGC